AAAAAAAAAAAAAAAUGAGAACUUCAAAGGAGCAGCUUCAAGUAAUGUACUUUGUUCUGGGAAUAAUAAUCUUGCAAUCGAUAACAGCACAGAGCGAUACCGAACCCAUGGCCAGAAUAACGAGACCGGAAGUAUUUUCCAACCCCGACGACCUCAAACAAUUUUUAGAUUUGGUAAAAGGUUACUACUCACUGAACGGCAAAGCGAGAUACGGCAAAAGGAAGGACAUGUCGAUGGAUCACUAUGUAUGUCUUCGGCCGUCCCAACUGCAUGAACAAAAACUACUUAAUCUGCAAAAUAUUUCGGGUUACAAGAGAAAGCAAGAAAAAAGUGUUUUGAGAUAUUUUCAACCACGUGAUUGCAGAUGUUACUGA